CCGGGCGGGGCGAGCGGCAUCGUCUCCGGGCUUAGCCCGCAGCAGAGCGUGGGAGCCGAGGCCCGUUGCUCGGGGCCCGGACGGAAUGCUCACAAACCGGGGAGCCCACCGCCGGGACCCGUCACUGAGGCUCUGCAUCUUCUUUGCAGCCCCACGCCCAGGCGUCCUCAUCUUUCCACAAAGGACAUCAGGCCGGGAGAAAAAAAGAGGGGAUGUGGAGGACACCUUGAAGGCCUCUUCUGUUCCAUCCUAUCCUUUUAUUCGCUAAGGAGCAUCUCCUAAAUAGGAUCCUUUCCUCCCGAUCUGAUCCCUCUCCGGCUCUCUCCCAGAUUGCAUCGAAAACCCAGGGACUGCUCUCUGCUUUCAUGAUGAAUCGAAAAGGUAUAUCAAGCGCUUAGGGUUGGUGCCCUCCUGUGAUAAAUAUACACUCCAAAAAUCCUUAAAACUUGAAGAAAACUUUGGAAGCAUACUCUUCCAAAGCCAUGAUGCAUUUUAAAAGUGGACUGGAAUUAACUGAGUUGCAGAAUAUGACUGUCCCGGAAGAUGAUAAUGUCAGUAAUGACUCCAAUGAUUUUACAGAAGUUGAAAAUGGACAAAUAAAUAGCAAGUUUAUUUCAGAUCGUGAGAGUAGAAGAAGCCUGACCAACAGUCACUUGGAAAAAAAGAAAUGUGAUGAAUAUAUUCCAGGAACCACCUCAUUAGGGAUGUCUGUUUUUAAUUUAAGCAAUGCCAUCAUGGGCAGUGGAAUUUUAGGACUUGCCUUCGCAUUAGCAAACACAGGAAUACUGCUCUUUUUGAUACUUUUAACUUCAGUGACUCUGCUGUCCAUUUACUCAAUAAAUCUCCUCUUGAUAUGUUCAAAAGAAACAGGUUGUAUGGUUUAUGAAAAGCUUGGAGAGCAAGUCUUUGGCACCCCGGGAAAACUGGUUAUAUUUGGAGCCACAUCUCUUCAGAACAUUGGAGCAAUGCUGAGCUACCUCUUCAUAGUCAAAAAUGAACUGCCCUCUGCUAUAAAAUUUCUUAUGGGAAAAGAAGAGGCAUUUUCGGCAUGGUAUGUGGAUGGACGAAUCCUUGUGGUGGGAGUGACAUUUUGUAUCAUUCUCCCUUUGUGUCUCCUUAAGAAUUUAGGAUACCUGGGAUAUACAAGUGGAUUUUCCCUGAGCUGCAUGGUUUUUUUUCUCAUAGUGGUAAUCUACAAGAAAUUUGAAAUCAAGUGUAUUUCAAUGUACACAAAUUCAACAUCGAUUGCCAAUGCAACGUACGAUGACUCAUGUACACCAAAGUAUGUCACCUUUAACUCCAAGACGGUUUACGCUUUACCCACCAUUGCAUUUGCAUUUGUCUGCCACCCAUCAGUGCUUCCAAUUUAUAGUGAACUGAAAGAUCGUUCACAGAAGAAAAUGCAGAUGGUUUCCAAUAUUUCCUUUUUUGCUAUGUUUGUCAUGUACUUUAUGACUGCAAUUUUUGGCUAUUUGACUUUCUAUGAAAAUGUACAUUCAGAUCUGCUUCACAAGUACCAGAGUAAAGAUGAUGUUCUCAUCCUGACAGUUCGCUUGGCUGUCAUCGUUGCAGUCAUUCUCACAGUUCCAGUGCUAUUUUUCACUGUACGUUCAUCUUUGUUUGAACUGGCGAAGAAGACCAAGUUCAAUUUAUGUCGCCAUAUCUUGGUUACUCUCAUCCUCCUGGUAUUCAUCAACCUCUUGGUAAUCUUCAUACCCUCCAUGAAGGAUAUUUUUGGAGUCGUAGGGGUGACAUCUGCCAAUAUGUUGAUUUUCAUUCUUCCUUCAUCUUUAUAUUUGAAAAUCAUAAGUCAAGAUGGAGAGAAAGGAACUCAGAGGAUUUGGGCCUCUCUCUUCCUGGGAUUGGGAGUCCUAUUUUCCUUAGUAAGCAUUCCUUUGGUCAUCUAUGAUUGGGCAUGCUCAGCCAGCAACAGCGAAGGUCAUUGAAACCCCGCUUGAAUGAAAAAUCCCUGCAUUUCUGUUGGAGGCUCAUCGAAGUCAACCCACUCCUUCUUGGCCAGUUUGCACAAGCAAAAUGAGGUGUAAUAUUGAGAAUGGUUACACACCUUUUCCAAAUGGAAUCCCAUUCGAAUUUCAGUUCUACCAGAAUCUCCUUGGAUCAAUUUAAAUAUUCCGUUGACUGCAUUCUCUGUUUUACCUAGCCUUUGUCCUUGUUACUACUCACAAUCAGUUACUUUUCAUUUUCUUAAAUUCUGUUGUUCCAGAGGUAAUCUCUUGGAACUUUUGUAAAACACAGUCUUCACUCACUGGAGGCAGGGAAAAGGUUUUCUUCUUCAGCUGAUUCAGUAACAGUUUUCCACUUGCUCUUCAGCUCACCCGAACUCUUUCUUUCUUGAUCAAACAAACUUAAUUGGUGUAAAUAUUUCACUUUGCUUUGACAAUGUCUUGGUAAAUAGCCUAUGUGGGUCAGUGUAGCACAGUAGGAUAUUUAAUGGGCACAACCAGCAUCAACCUGUGAAAACCAGCAAGGUUGGGUUGAGGGAGGGGGGCAUGGUGCUAUCAGCACACCCUAUCCCAAAGUAAUUUUGAGUGUACCCUCAAACCAGAUUCGAAUUUGGAUCAUUCUUUAAAACCCAUGUUGCUGUUGAUUGUCUUGGCAAAACAAUAUAAAUUAAUCUGGGGGACCUUUUUGCCUUCCAACAUAAGCAUUGAUCUGCUCCAGAUCAAUUCUAUUGCCCCAAAUGCCUUGGAAACCUGGGGGCUUCUAUGAUUCAAAGUGGCCAGCAUUGCUACACCUGAUUUUGCUUGAAAAAAAUAAUAAAAGCAAACUGUCAAAAAAUCUAAUCCCAGCAGCUUUACUCAUCUCCACCAGCUUUGUCACUAACAAUAAUUGUUCUUAGACAUUUAAUUAAGGAUGAUCUUGGAUGACUGAUUCCUAUUUUAUAUCAGAUACUUUUCAGGGAUCCUAAGAAAACUUCUUUUGUAUCUGUCUAUUUAAGUGAUGUAAAACCAAGGUUCUGUACCUUUUAAAAAAAGCCUAAUUUUCUAUCUCUUCUCCAUUGAUUUUCCAUCAAGAGUAAAUACAGAGAAUUCAAAGCUAUUUACAAUUCCAAUUCUGCACUUCCAUAUUGCUUGAGAGCAGCAGAAUUUUAGAAACUGCUACAGGGUUAUCUGUCUAAGGUGAGGAUUCAUUCAUUCAUUCGUAUUUAUUGAACGCUUAUUGUGUGCAGAGCACUGUACUAAGCGCUUGGAAAGUACAAUUAAGCAACAAGGAGAGACAGUUCCUCCCACCGGAAGCAGGGAGACAGACAUCAAAACCAGUAAACAGGCAGGAAUUCAAGAAUUCAUAUACUGAAUGUAAAUGAAAAACAGAAUCACUACAUCGCUGUUCUGCUACGUUACUUUAUUUUCUACUCUAGCUAAAGGAGUAAUGCAGACAAACCCAAAACGUCAAAAUUCUGCUCACAGAUGCUCGUGUCAAACUCAUAUUGAUGAGACAACUUGAGCUUUGGCGUCCUCUUCCUCCUCCGUUUAUCCAAAGACACAGUUGAGUCCUUAAAAAUUUCAAAUUGUGCUAGUUAACAUUUCCUUAAAGACUCAUUCAUCUCUAACAGUAGUUUUACACACACAAAGUAAAUUUAGAACACUGUCAUUAGAAGUGAGAUAUUUCGUGAUGUCUGUGGAUCUGUGGAUUUUGUGUGUUAGUACAUGAUUUUUUAAUGAUUUAAAAGAUAUUUGUUAAGGAAAGCACAUGUUCGUUGAUGUCUGUGAUACAGAAUUUCUUUUAAAUCUGCUUUUUGUGUUAAAAGUUUAUUUGUUCUUAACAGAACCCUGGUGUCAUUUGUCAGAUACCUCUGGUGGAUAGCAUUAUUUGGGCCAGAUUAGCUGUUAAGUGUACUGCUAUUAUUCUCUUUGUUCAAAAUAGUGAACUUGUAGCCAAAAAUAUGUGUAUCACAGAUGUUAGCUAGAAUUCCAGCAACAGUAAAGAUCUAUAGAAGCUCCUCUGCUAAAUUAGUAGAUUUGAGAGUACUGUGUCAUAAUAGUAGAUGGCAACACACUUUCUUUUGGUAGAUAUGUUCUCCACUCUUGUGAACAGUGCAAGCAAGUUAUGUAGUUUGGAUUUAGAACUGCUUUCUAGAUAGAGUAACAGGAUAUUUUAAAUCCAUAAUUUACUUAAUGAUAGACAUUGGAAGGGUGGGUGGGGGGUUGUUAGUUCAGAAAGGGUCCUAAUCUUAUUGGGGAUAUAUCUUUUACCUUUGGCUUUGGAGAGAAAUGAAAAGGAAGCUUUUUGCCUUUAAAAAUACAAGAUUUUAAACAUUUUUGGCAUUACAGUCUUGGAAGAAAUACUGUGUUUGGGAUCGAGGAUUUGUUCUCCGAUUUUAUCUUCAUUGUCUAAAGGAGUGAAUUCUGUCCUCCUUAAAUAAGAGAAGUUUCCUGUGGGAAGUUGGGCCUCUGUUUAAGGAAUUUGGGCUCUCUCCCCAGUAGGAAUACCUAGUUGGUGUUCCAUUGUUUUGUAUGUCACAUGGCACGAUAAAUGCACCUUUCAGGGGGAAGAAAUGUGUUUAAGGUUACAAUGAGUUAUGUUUAUAUUUCAGAGCAAAAUUAUUAGUCAAUACUUACUCAAUACAAGGGCCAUCAAAGCAACUUUUAAUGUCAAUUACAAAAAAAUUCACAUGGCAUAAAAAUAGAGGGAAAAGAGUCCGUAUUGUUUAGUAAAACCAGCCAAUGACUUUCUAUUUGGGUGGUAAAACCCGCAACAUUUAUACACCAACAUUCGGAGAAGCCCUUGUUAGCAGAAACCAUUUUCCAAAUGAAUGCACAGAAAAUGUUUCAAUGAUAAUCAUUAUCGAUCCAUCAAUCACUGAAUUUAUUGAACGCUUACUGUGUGCAGAGCACUGUACUAAGCACUUGGGAGAAUACGACAGAGUCGAUAGAUGUGUCCCCUGCCCGCAGUGAAGGGUUUUCAUUGAAAAGCAGGGAAAAGUUUAAAGUGAAAACUGCCGAUGACUUUAGGGGCAAAGAGGAGGUAAAAAUUCACACACAAAUUCUGAUAUUAUUCCCCUUCAUGGGAAUUUUUUAAUAUAGAAGGCAUAUGAGAUUGGGCCCGUCCUGUAUACAAGCCUAAAUAUAUGUUUUAAAAGGAAGAAUCUAUGCAGCUGUGGUUGAUUGUAGGAGAUGUUUCCUUUGUAUGUAAAUAUACUGUAAAUUAAUAGGCUGUAUAUUUUUGCAGUUGUUGAUCCACAAGGAAAUAGAAGUGUUUAAGUAGUAUCUCUGCAUAAAGAAUUAGUGUUUUUAUGAUUAUUAAUUUAGUUUUCGAACUAGCUCAAUGUAUUCCCUCUCCCAUACUCUAGAGUUGCCUCAUGAACUAAAAAUCGUGUUUCUUAUUUUAGAAAAGAAAUGUCAGAAUUUUUCCCAGGAGUUCAGUUAAUUUCUCCUGUUAGGUGUAAUUCGCUAUUUAAAAAGGUGUUUUCUGAACUACAUGUAAAUCGUUUACAUUAAAACUACUUUGUGGUACAACUGACACUAUAGCUAAAAGUGACCAAUUAAAUUGUGUACAUUGUGCUUUCAUUUAAGCACCGGUACUAUGUCUUACACAGUAUUUAUGAAAAACAAGAGUCGGACAUAAAAGUUUAAAAUGGAGUCAUUGCUUUUUCCAAACUUGGGGAGCUUUGGAAGUAUAAAACUUGAAUUUAACUUUUACUUUAAUAUGAGCACAAAUUUGAAAGAGAAACCUAAAGGUCAUUCAUUGUUUUGCUGAGCUUUUAAAACUCUCGCAAUGGUUACCUCCUGUUUUCAGUGUUGCAGCCAACAAGUAAUGUCUACAUUAUAUUUUUCAUAAAACUUUAAUUUACAUUUGUUCAUAUUUAGUCCAAUGUAUUUUAGGCUUCACUCGGUUUCAGUACAUGCUGAGUACUACUGUCUUAUUGAUGUAUAAUUCAAUUUCGGAUAGGUGCCUGAAAUUCACCUCACACUUUACUGUUCAUAGCUAACAAAAUAGAUUUUGGGUUUUUUUCAGGUUGUGUGUGUAAAUAAAGAAAUGUAAGUUUUCUUCAAUGUUAAACAAUAUAGUUUUUAAAUAUUAAAAUGUGAACUAAAAUUAUGCAUAUUGUUUGUUCUUUCACUAAAACUUGGUCUGAAUAAAAUACGUGUUGGAGUAAAAUUCAA